AUGGCUGGUCGAGGAGGGAAUGAAGCUGUAGCAUCCGAGGGUGGACUGGAGAACUUCCCAGCUGACAUCAAACGUGCUGGGGAAGAGCUCUUGCAUUGUCUUACAAAUCCAAUGAUGGCAGUUAUCACUGUUCGGGGGUUUAAUGGAGUGGGGAGAUGGAGCAUUGUUGAAUAUGCAAUUCGAAAGUCGAAUGAUUCCCUUCUCUUCAAUGUACAGAUACUGGUGGAGCUAUUAGGAGAGAAUUUUAGCCUUGGAAAGGCACAGAAGGAAAUCGCGCGCCAAUUAAGGAUGACGACGUCCAUGGAUGGUGAUGGUGACAAUGAAGAGAGCAUAGAUACCCAAGUUGCUGCUGAAAUCUAUAAAUCGUUGAUCAGACAGAAGUUCUUGCUAGUGCUAGGAGAUGUGCUGACAGACAUCAAUUUUGAGCUUAUUGGAGAUCCACGUCUCAGAAAGAUAUUGCAAAAUGAUUCCAAGAUUGUCAUCGUCGCAAAUGUCAGGUCCGAGGACCUGCUAUCCAUGGACUUGCAAUCCGACAUGGCCAUUAGGUUGCAGAGCUUGUCAAUGGACAUGUUACGCAAAGAAGCGGCCAACAUUGCUCAUUCUCCCAGCAUUGGGGGCCAUUUCACUCCCAACGUUGUCCUUGAUUGCUUCUUCUACAUGUUGCUAUUCCAAGGUUCCUGGGUUAAAGUAGAAAGGCUGGCAUGGUAUUGGAGAGCCGAGGGGUUUAUUAUCACAGAAGAGGGUGAAGAAGAGGAUUUGAUGAUGUUCAAGAAGGUGGAGGCUCUGUUAACACAGCUCCGGGUUCGUUCCUUGGUAGAGCGCAAGGAUGACUGUGUGAGAGUGCCCAAAUCAAUCAAUUGGAAUGCUAGAGACCUCAUCACGUCCAGAGCUUCAACUCAUGGUAGAUUCUGGUUUGAGGAUUCUCUUCCAUCGGAGGACGACAUGGUUGAAGAUAUUCGGAGGAUGGCAGUAGAGGACAUUACAGAACUUUCACCUCUCCCUCGAGAAUGCCCCAAACUCUCCACUUUAAUUCUUGUGGGAGAAAGGGAUAUUGGUUUCAGGAUAUUAGACACCUUCUUAUUUGAGAAAAUUCAAGGCCUUCGUGUCCUCGAUCUUCGGAGACUGUUAAACGAAUCUCUUCCCAAAUCCGCUUCCUGCUUGCACAAUCUUAGAUUUUUGAAGCUAACAAGCUACCCUCAUUUAGAGACUCUCCUCCCUUCCUUUCAGAUUUUUGACAAACUUGAGUUCCUUAAACUUUCAAGUGAAUUUGAUUUUAGCCCAUCAAUACCAGACGACCUCUUUAAGCACAUGAACAACCUCCGAUGUCUCCAUCUCACAAAAAUGCAAAUCACAUCACUUCCUUCCUCAAUUUCUAGGCUACGGAACCUCCGCCAACUGUCGUUGUCUAAAUUCAAAUAUUUAAUAAGAAUCCCAGAUGAGAUCUUUGGGCAUUUGAGGCAACUUCACUUCCUCAACCUGCAAGGGAAUGAUAAGCUGGAAUCUCUACCUUCUUCGCUCUCCGAAUUGGUCAAUCUUAAGAAACUCAUAUUAGGCGACUGUCUUUCCUUGAAGAAGCUGCCUCAUUUGCAAAAGCUCUCAGCACUUGAGGAGCUUGAUCUCAGAAGGUGUAGUUCCCUUGAAGAUCUCAGAGUUGUUACUUCUUCUUCACUUGGGGAUGUCCUCCCAAACCUCCGCAAGCUUGAUAUUUCCAAAAUCGAGGCCAUUCAACGUCUUUCCUUUAAAGGUUGCCAAAGCUUAGAGCUUGUAUCACUGUAUGGGCUCACAAACCUUCAAGUACUUGAUCUUUCAGGUACCAAACUCAAAACACUGCCCCAAGGUAUCUCUGAUGCACAUCUUCUAAGGCACCUGAACAUGCUAGACAUGAAUCAAAUUCUCAAAAUAAACUUUGAAGCCCUUUCGAAACUGGAAGAGCUCAACUUUAGCCAGUGCAGCACCUGGAAUUCAUCAAGUGACGAUGAACGAUCUGGAGAGAAAGAGGGUGCUCGCAUAAGGGUAAGUAAUCCCGAGCUCUUACAAUAUUUCUGGCUAGCCUCUGAAGUGUGGGUUUCAAAAAUCUUCUCUCGAUUCCAUAUCUGCAUCUCUCCUUGCCAAGAAGACAAACGAGGAAAAGGUAAAUCCAUCCAUCUCCAGAGACGGCAAUUUGUAUAUGAAGACAUCGGUUCCAUGAUCCAAACACGUAAUUUACCUCAUCCUAGAAGCCGUUUCGAUAGGUGUUUGGAGAUCCGAGGAGGUCAUAGAUCCCCAAAAGGUAUGCACGCGAUUCCCACUCAUGUGGAAUUAAUCACUGUGUGUGACAAUGCAUUUGUCCAACGAUUAUCAGAUUUGGGCCGCAUCGAUAAAAUGGUAGAACUGAAAGAAUGUUGGGUCGAGAGGUGUGAGUGGAUGGAGAUAUUCUUUGAGGGAGAGAAUGAAAGUUCCAACUGUUUAAGUUGCCUGGAGAAGAUAUGGCUAUCCAACCUUGCAAGACUGAGGAGUGUAUGCGAGGGCACAUACGGGAGCCGAAGCUUUGCACUCCUAAAGCACAUACAUCUGGACUACUGCCUGAAAAUUGUCACCAUGUUCUCCUCAAGUGUAUUCCUACAAAGCCUGGAGACACUGGAGAUCAAAUACUGCAGUAAACUGGAGGCCUUGUUUGGAGGGGACACUGCGGCGGAAAGCUCGCUCCAACGUCUGCACACAGUGUGUUUGUGGGAGCUACCAAGGCUGGAGAGUAUUUGCCAUGGCACGUACUUAUCAGCAUUGAAGAAGCUGAAAGUGAGGGGAUGUGGAAUGCUGAAGAAGCUUCCUCUUCGAGCUAGCAACAAGGCUGCUGCUUCUACUUCUACUGGUGGAGGUAGAGUGGAGGUGGAAGGAGAGUGGGAAUGGUGGGACCAUCUCAAGUGGGAAGAUGAGAGGAUCCAGCACCUUAUCAACUUCAAAGAUCCGCGUCCUUUUACACAACGUAGAUGA